ACAGACACAGCGACAUGGUCACUGUGUGCACAGUUUAAGUUCUCCGUGUAUACACAAGAACAUUAAAUCUCAUCUGGUGUGCAGCUUCGUAAAGAAAGACAGAUACUCCAUAGUUCUGUAUUCAGAUGCAUUUGGAAGAGUAGAGAGAGUAUUUCCGUACAGCUGGUGUUUCUUCUCCUCCCACUUACUCUACUUCCCUUUCCAUGUAGUGUCAAUGAGAGAGAAAAGAGAGAGAGAGCACACUAACCAGUUCGUACAACUGAAACACAUGUCUCAACAGGACGAGCGUUACAUGAGAAGAAUAAGCGCAAGUUGCUGCGAGUGUAAAUGUGCACUCUCUCACUGGUACUAUGAAAGAGAUGGACAGUAUUUCUGCAAAAAGGACUACUGGGCUCGCUUUGGAGAACAGUGCUGUGGAUGCUCAGAAAUCAUCACCACUGGUGUCAUUAUGGUGGCAGGAGAGCGCAAGUAUCAUUCAGAAUGUUUCAUCUGUGAACAGUGCAGCAUGUUCAUUGGAGAUGGAGAUUCAUACACUUUAGUGGAGCAUUCCAAAUUAUACUGUGAGCACUGUUACUAUCAACGUGCAUCAGUGAGGCAUCCAGGGGCAGGAUGUUCCAGGCUUCCUCACACUGUGGCGCUGGUGUCAUUUCCUCCUUCUGCAGAGAGCAGAAGAGGUCUCUCGUUUGCUGUGGAUCAGAGCCCUGUCAGUGGAAACAGCCCCAUUAUCAAAGUUUCUCAGUUAGAUACGUCCAAGACCAGUCCUGAGAUUAAGGAAAUGAUUCACGUUGGAGACACUGUCCUUGAAAUCAAUGGAAUCUCGGUCCAAAACAUUCUACUCAAUGAGAUUGACUCGAUGAUCCAUGAUAUUGAGCACUGCCUGAAACUCACUGUUGAACACAACCCCGAUGGUCUUUCUAGUCAGGAGGAACAAUCUUGUCUGUUGGACGAGGAAGAAGACCAACCAGGGAAAUUAGACUUCUUCCCUCCUCACAACCACAGUGUCCGCCACCGCUCCAAACACAUUAUGCGCAGUUGCAGCAUUGAAAAAAGCCCAUGUUCACAAAGCCACUUGCCGCUGCUCUCUCACAGAAGAAACAUUAAUCGCUCCGAAUCUUUGCGUGUCGAUCCAGUUGACAAAACACAGCGCAUCUUCCGUCCCUCCGACCUCAUAUACGGGGAGGUUCUUGGCAAGGGCUGCUUCGGACAAGCCAUCAAGGUGACACAUCGGCACACAGGCGAGGUCAUGGUGAUGAAGGAACUUCUUCGUUUUGAUGAAGAGACCCAGACAACAUUUCUCAAGGAGGUAAAAGUGAUGCGCUGUCUGGAUCACCCAAAUGUCCUGAAGUUUAUUGGAGUUCUUUACAAAGACAAGCGAGUAAACUUCAUCUCGGAAUAUGUGCCAGGAGGGACUCUGAGGGAAACCAUACAAAAAAUGGGCAGCGAUCAUCCAUGGAAAUUAAGAGUAAGCUAUGCAAAGGACAUUUCUGCUGGAAUGGCCUACCUGCAUUCCAUGAAUGUGAUCCAUCGAGAUCUGAACUCACACAACUGCCUUGUUAGACAGAACCAUUCUGUCGUGGUGGCGGACUUCGGGUUGGCCCGACUCCUGAAGGAGGAUAAAUCUCAGGCAAAGAAUUCUUCUCCUGAGCAAGCAUCAAAGCUGGCUAAGCCACAUCGGAAAAAAAGAUAUACAGUGGUGGGGAACCCAUAUUGGAUGGCGCCCGAGAUGAUCCGAGGUAUUAGCUAUGAUGAACGUGUUGAUAUCUUUUCCUUUGGAAUCAUUCUCUGUGAGAUUAUUGGCAGAGUGUAUGCUGAUCCGGACUAUCUCCCCCGCACUAUGGAAUUUGGACUAGGUGUCAAGGAAUUUCUAAAAUGCUACUGUCCUGCAGAAUGUCCAUCAGCUUUCUUUCCUCUAGCAGCUCUUUGUUGUGACACAGACGCUGAAAAACGGCCUUCAUUUGCACAGCUAGAAGAAUGGCUAGGGAGCUUGCUGAUGCAUCUGGACAUCAAACUUCCUCUAAUCUCAGAACUGGAUAAGGUGCAGAGAGCAUUUUGGGAAAACCACAGCGAAGUUCAGCAUGAAAAUGGUUUCCAGUCUGAACAAAAAGAGAGGCGAGUGUCAAAUCAGGAGUGAUGCUCAGUGUAUUAUUCAUCACUGUGUUUAAAGAAGCUGUGGACAAGCUAAGAACAAACUGUGAAGGGACAAUUCGUUCAUGGAUGUGGUCAUUUCAGGACAAUCAGGGGUCCUUUUUAAUGGCUAUUUUUACUGUAGCAAUUGAAUAUAGCAUUAAUAAUAAGGGAGCCUGUAGCUAUAGUGGCAUGAAAGGCAAUUUAUGAGGCUGUCUAAGAAAUACUGAUGAAAUUGAAGCAAAUACUGGAAGUUAACAGGAUUUUUGUCUAGCUAAUUAGCUUAUAAAAAUGUGACUCGUUGCAUAAAACCAGGUACAAACUGGCUAAUGUAUGUUGUAUAGUUUUAACUUUCUUUUUUAAAGUUAGCUAAUAUCUACACGUAAUUUAUUUAUAUAAACAAUGUGUGGUUAUUUCAAAGGCAGAAUUUUUUUAAUCUCUUAACUUUCUACUGUGGAUAAAGUCUUCAUAGAUUUUAUGACCCUGAAAUAAAAACCCUUUUCAAAUCUUCAGAAAAAACAAUUUCUUCUUUACUGUGUAAAAUGUGUACAACUUGUUUUUAAAUGCCUGAAAAUAGAAAA